UUUUAAUUUUGACUUUUCCUGGUAGAAUUCUUAACAUCUUCCUAAAGCGAAAGCUAAUGCCGUGUUGGGUUCGUGAUUCUCAAAUUCUUCAAGGUCAAAACAAUUUCCCAGAAUCACGAACCUAAACCCUUCACACAUCUUCGAUUUCUCUCUCACGUCCGUGAUCCUGUUAAAGCUUCGUCUUGUAAUCGUACACCCUCUUUCGCUUUCGAUUUUGGUGGAGGAUUAACGAUUUUGCUCAAGACUUGAUUAUAAUCGUAGAGUAUUAUUUGGACCUGUACAGAUAGUAGUUACUAUUCAUGGGUUGGCUUAGCAGAAUUUUUAAAGGCUCCAACCAUGAAGUUUCAGAAGGGGAAUAUAACUGGAGAUAUGAAGAGAAUACAACAUCAGCAGGAAAUUACCCUUCUACAUCUUGGCAGGAUCCACAGUCUGAGAUAGAAGAUAUUGAUCGUGCAAUUGCAAUAUCACUUGCAGAAGAAGAAGGGAGAGGGAAACAUGAUGUAAUUAGUGAUGAUUCUCAACUGAAAGAAGAUGAACAACUUGCAAGGGCAUUACAGGAAAGUCUUAAAGUCGAGUCACCACCCAGAAAUAGACAUGUAAAUGGAAAUGGAAAUGGAAAUGGAAAUAUUUAUCAACCUAUACCAUUCCCAUAUUCAACAGGAUUUAGGAUAUGUGCUGGUUGUAAUUACGAAAUUGGGCAUGGAAGAUUUUUAAGUUGCAUGGGUGCAGUUUGGCAUCCAGAGUGUUUUAGAUGCCAUGCAUGUAACCAACCAAUUGCUGAUUAUGAGUUUUCAAUGUCAGGAAAUUAUCCUUAUCACAAAUCUUGCUACAAGGAGCACUAUCAUCCAAAAUGUGAUGUUUGCCAACACUUUAUUCCAACAAAUGCUGCUGGACUUAUCGAGUAUAGGGCCCAUCCAUUUUGGGCCCAAAAGUAUUGCCCAUUUCAUGAGCAUGAUGGAACUCCUAGAUGUUGUAGUUGUGAGCGAAUGGAGCCACGUGAAACAAGCUAUGCUGCUCUUAAUGAUGGGAGGAAGCUAUGCCUUGAGUGUCUUGACUCUUCAGUGAUGGAUACAAGCGAAUGUCAACCACUUUAUCUUGAUAUUCAAGUGUUUUAUGAAAGUAUAAAUAUGAAAGUGGAACAAAAAAUUCCUUUACUUUUGGUUGAGAGACAAGCUCUUAAUGAAGCCAUGGAUGGAGAGAGAAAUGGUCAUUACCACAUGCCUGAGACGCGUGGACUAUGCCUCUCGGAGGAGCAAACCGUCAGCACAGUUUUGAGAAGACCAAGGAUGGGGAUGGGAAACCGGGUCCCGGAUAUGAAAACCGAACCGUAUAAAUUGACACGUCGCUGUGAGGUUACAGCCAUUCUCAUUUUAUAUGGCCUUCCAAGGUUGCUGACUGGAUCAAUCUUAGCUCAUGAAAUGAUGCACGCGUGGCUUCGACUUCAAGGGUAUCGAACACUUAGUCAAGAUGUUGAAGAAGGAAUAUGUCAAGUGUUGGCUCACAUGUGGUUAAGAUCCCAAAUAGCUUUGAUAUCAAGUGGGACCACGUCAUCAUCGUCAUCAUCAUCAUCAUCAUCAUCUGCCACGUCAUCAAGGAAAGGAGGGAAAAGGUCUCCGUUUGACAAAAAGCUUGCUGAGUUUUUCAAGCAUCAGAUUGAAUCUGACAUGUCACCGGUUUAUGGGAAUGGUUUUAGAGCUGGGAAUCAGGCAGUAAUUAAGUACGGACUUCCAAGAACCUUGGAACAUAUUCGAUUGACAGGGACUUUUCCUUUCUAAAUUUCGAUCAUUUUUUUUUGUUUCUUUGUGAUUAGAGAAUAUAUACCACUAUUGAAAUUGCAUUUUUUUUUCUUCCACGUGUAGAUUUUGUCUUUAUAAUAAUAAAAUCACGCAUUCUUUUUUUCUUUCA